AUGAAUAAGUUUAAAAAUAAAGUUCAUUACGAAUCUCCUUGCGAUUCCGAUAAUGAUUGGACUGAUUCUUCAGAAGACUCUAAAUAUUCUGAUUCAGAAAGUUCGGUCCCUGAAUGGGAUUCGGAUAUUGCAGAAGAUGGAGAGUUGGUUUAUAUUAAAGUAAAAAAUAAUAAUGACCAUGAUAAUACUAACACUCCACUGUUAGAGAACUGUGAAACUUUCAAACUGCGAAGUGAUUUUAAAAGAGUGUCCACACGGAAAUCUGCAAAAGGAAAAAUAUUCAAGGUACUAAAAACUCGUAAAGCAAAAUGGGAUAAUGGAACUUCAAAACUUGAUUUUGAAAGUAGUCAAAAUCGUGGUAAUCUUAAAAACAGUUUAGAAGAUAAUAAUAAAUUUGUUAUUAUUCAGGUUAGCAAAAAUAUGAUAUUCAAUAGCGAGAAAAACUGCCAAAUAGAAAAGCAAGAUAACAAAGCGCAACCAGUGUUACUUGAAGACCUAUUGGCCACACAUUCAGUUACACUACCGUUGGAAGUCAAAAUACAAGUUGAUGAUGCAAUAACAGAAUUAGAAGCCGCUGAUUACCGCGAAUGGACAGAUGAUGUUGAAAAUUUCCAAAGGCUUUACACUGUUAUUGGAGCUUGUUUGUAUUAUUCUGGACACCUUUUGAGUUCCCAUUUGCGCGACGAAGAUUUGGUUGAGAUAAAUGCAUUUCUUAAAUUCAACAGUGUACUCAAAAUUAGCACCGAAAAAGAAUUAGAUAAACUUGUGAUAUGGAAAGAAGUUUUCAUCAAAGAGCACAGAAUGCAAUCUAAAAAUGAUAAAACUGAUAACAGAAUUCCCGACGGCCGCUGGUUUCUAUUAAUUAUAGGUAAGGGUCAUUUUAUAUUAGCGACUCUUAUGGAAGCUGGUGGAUGCACAGAAGAUGCCGUUGGUGUGACAUCGCCUUCGCCGUUCUAUGUAGAAGAGUGUGAAAGUUGCCUGGAGUUACUCUACGAAGUGGGACUUAAUAAGUACCUAGCGGCGUGGUUCUCCUCAAACACUCUGCCACAAGUUGAGACGUCACCAGAAUACCUGACAAAGUACGGGAGGAAAAUGAGGGAGAACAGUUCUGCCAAGUCGGAUGCGCCAAAGGGGGCCACGUUGAAACUGUCAAAGUCUCAGCCGGAUCUGAAGAGGCGCCACAACUCGACGGACCAAAUCAACGCGGGUCCCUCUUCCUCCGACGGCCACAUGAACAGCUACCACAGCGCGAGCCACCACAGCCUGCACAGCCCGUGGUACACGGCCCAGAAGAACUACAGGCAUUCCAGUAACUUGGACAUUGCUUAUUCGGAGGACUCCAAUAGUGUAAAGAGCAACAGUGAGAUCAGCGAAGAGAGAGUGGCGGGAAGGCGAGCAGACAGGGAGCAGAAAUGCCGUCGAGACUCCUCGGGCUCUGACUCCGACUGGGACAGACAGGAUACGAGCAGAGCCAGUGGUAAUAUGGACAUGACAGACAUCAGGAAAAGUUUGUUGAACGAACUUAACCACGUCACCGUUCACAGAAUAACGGCGGGCGAUGAGAACGUCUUAUUCCAUUUCGUUCAGCUCGAAUCCGAGAAAGGGGUCCUGAUAGCGCCCGUAAAGAGCGUCGAAAUACAGGCCAAUAACAUUUUGUACUCGUUCAUUGUCAGAACGUUCCGACAAGCAUGUAAAAAGAUACACGAAUUGUUGCAAUGUAGUAUAAAGUUUAAGAAGAACCACGCCCCUUCGAAUCCGUUAAAUAAAAUUCUCGUCGCUGUCCGGGAAUACAGUAUGCUGUUUGAAGCGCCCCAGGAGGUACUGAGCCAAUGCGGUGUCAGUAAGAAGAACGCCGAGCCAUUUUUGUUUUGGGUAGUUGGCCGAGUCUUCAGUGAACCAGAACCCCGGGAGCUGUAUGUAUGCUACCAUGAAUCCGUCCCUCAAGAUCUCAACGAAAUUGCUCAUCUGCUGUCAUAUUUAGAA